AGGGUGGGGAUAGAGCGGUCUCAGUCCUCAAGUUCCUUUAGUUAACUAAGAAAAUUUGAAACUGUCAUGCAAAUAAACUACACGAUGACUUUUGACAUCCACUUUCAUCUUCCACUCGCUGAGACGAUCACCCUAUGUUAACCCAGCCGUCACCUGAUCUCUGAAAAGAGUGCCAAUGGGUCUUUUACGCAAGUACCUCUGGCUAUGGGUGAUAGUUGGGACGAUUUUUCUGAGUGUCCUGAUCUGCCUCAUCUUCCUUCUGAUCAACAAGUGCAUAUCCAGGAGCGGCAAGCACAGAAUCUCAGAGCUUCAGAAAAGAGCCGUCUUCAGUGUCGAGAGCAACAAAUACCAAGAGAGAAACCUCGGCACCAGCACGCCUCCUCUGCCUCCGAGGACACAGUUUCUCACAGCAGAGGCCCAAAGCUAUGAAAACCUGGCUGAGGCACCUGAGCUCGAACAAAGCGCUGACGACUACGAGCAGGCCCUGCCCGAUUACGAGGGGGUCGAGGACGAACGGGACCAUGCCCCCUCUGAUUACGAGGAGGUCGAGGACGGACAGGACCAGGCCCCGGAUCCGUCUGAUUACGAGGAGUUCAAGGACGAACAGGACCAGGACCUGCCCGAUUACGAGGAGGUCGACAACGAACAGGACCAGGACCUGCCCGAUUACGAGGAGGUCGAUAACGACUACGAGCAGGCCCUGCCCGACUAUGAGCAGGCUCUGCCCGAUUAUGAGGAGGCUCUGCCUGAUUAUGAGGAGGCUCUGCCUGAUUAUGAGGAGGUCGAGAAUGACUACGAGCAGGCCAUGCCCGAUUAUGAGCAGGCCCUGGAUGAGCAGCCUGACUAUGUGAAGGUGGACGAUGAGGUGAAGAUCCUCCUUCCUCAUGCACCACAUGAGCUUCCAGAUCCAGCAGACGACAACACCUCCACAGAGGACUACGACGACAUCGGAGGGGAAGACGAAAGCCAGGGUGAAGAGGAUUACGAUGAUGUUGGUUGAAACGGGGAGAGAGCAGUAGAGAGACUAACCCCAGUGACACUUGUGAUUUUUGUAUAUCUGGAUCCUGCUGAGCAGAGAUCAGAACCACUUUGCCUUAUCACAGAUUUCUUUUUGAUCAUUUGUAUUUUUUUAAUGUCAUUCAUGAAAAGGGAAAUAACAGAUGAAAUUAUCUGCAUUUCACCAGCUUAAGCGAGAAAAAGCACAAAGACCAAAGUACCGAAGCAGCUGAAAUCUGCUGAAGGUGUGAGUGGUAUUGAGACAACUGGUUUGGGGUUGAAGAGGUCUGGGUCUAUUCACAUUAUCUUUAGCCUUAACUUAUUUUAUAUGUUGGUAUAACUCUAGACAACAUUGUUGACAACUAGCACUUAAAUGACGUGUUGUAUAGUGUCAACAAACCGUGGUGGUAGUAGUUUUUUGUUUGUUUUUGCUGAUACAUACUACUGCAUCUGCUGAUCAGCCAGCUGUGGUCUAUCAAAACAACUACUUUGUAUGUUUCUGAUUUAAAAGCUAAUCUUUGAAAAUGGAUAGUGAAAGAAAUUUCUUUUAAAAUCAAUCCUGUGAAUCCUCGCGCAGCCAUGAUGAAUCAUGCAUUGUUUGAAAGCAUAAAGCUUCGCAAUUCAUUCUUUUAAACUACUUUAAGGUGCCAGUAUCAUCUCAACAGGCGUCCAUGAUCAUUGCUGUAGUCAGAGGUGUUCAGGAAGUUAUGUCAUGUCCUGCUUAUGCACAAAAAUUAGUUCCUUUUCAAGGGGUUUUAAAGGUGAGUAGAAAAAGUUUGGCCAAAUAAUAAUGAAUUCAAACUUCAGAUCCUACUAACAGGUGUUGUCUGUGUAUCCAAAGCCUGAUGCAGUGCUCUGUUAAACACAUCAUUAAUCCAGAGAGUUACACCAACAGAAGCCUUAUCCUUUAAAAUAAUUCUGUCAACUCGAAGAAAAGAACUUGUGCAAAUGUGCAAUGUGUCAGUGUCGAGCUUACAAAGUUAAAUACUACAUUUGUUAUUAUAAAGAUGAUUUUUUUUU